AUGCGGUCGACAGAUGUUGCCUUUAUUUUACACUUAUUUAUGUUAUUUGUUAAUGCUGCAAGAGACUAUUACGAGGUAUUAGGAGUUAAACGUGACGCGUCAACUGCACAAAUUAAGAAAGCAUUCCGGAAUUUGGCACUCAAGUACCAUCCGGAUAGAAAUAGUGAUCCAAAUGCACAUGAGAAAUUCCGAGAAAUUGCAGCAGCAUACGAAAUACUUGCUGAUGAGCAAAAACGGCGAAAUUAUGAUGCUGGCGGUUGGUCGUAUGAUCAGCAGCAGCAGCAUGCGCAGAAUUUCGACUUCGAUACGUUCAUGCAUAAUUUCCAAGAAAGUAUGAAUAUUCACCGAAAAACUCAUGAAGACGCGCAUUUCAAAUCCCAUUUUGAUGCGCACUGGCAUGGUCACAGCUUAUUUGAUGAUCUUUGGGAAGGCUUCGAUAUGUUUCCAUCUUUUAGUGGUUUUGGAAGUACUGGGGAUCUCGGUGGAAUUGAUGGGUUACAUUUUGGAGAUUUCCAAAAUCCAGCUUCAAUGUACAUGAAAGAAACAAGCCAAGGAGGACAGAAAUGUAAAACGGUGACAAAAAAAACGGGCAAUGUUAUGACCACACAGACAAUAUGUACUAGUGGUUAG